AACCUCAGGUCACCAGCACCUUCUCCCCACACCCCCGAGUUCGAGUGCAACCGAAGAGCCAAGAGGAGCUGUCCGCGUCGUUUCGACUCCCGCCGCCGAAAGGCCGAGCCCGUGCCCGUGCUCGCAACCCUAAUCCCCUUUCCCCGUUGCCUCUCGCCGGGAAGAAGAGGGAGCCGCGUGGCGUCGCCAGCCAGCACGCGCCCCCUCCCUUCCCGGCUCCCUCCGCGCCGUGGGCGAGGCGCAUCCAACCCGAUCCGCCCUCACCGCGAGGCGGAGGACCUGGAGGGGAGGGAGACAGGUCUGGUGCACCCUCUCUCGUCCGCGCCGGCGAGCGCCAAGUGUCCCCCACAGGCUUGGCUGAGGAAGACCCGUGCUCUGUGGGUCUUGGACACUGCUUCACCAUUUACCAAGUCUUGAGUUAUUGCUCCGUUGUUAGACAAGAAAUCAAACUCUCUGGCCAAACACAAUGAUGGCACAAGCCUGUAAGAAGAGGAGAGGAGUUUAUAUAAGCACUGAAUUGGGAGGCUCUGAUACAGAUUCUGAUGUUGAGGGAAGCAAACCCUCUAAAAAAUCUGGGGUGACAUCAAUUUCUACAUGCGAGCAUCAGUCAUCUUAUAAUCUCAAGGCUGCAAGUAUGAAAAGUAGCAGGAUGAUAAGGCUGUGUGGAAAUAUUGUAAGGAAGCUCAUCGAUCACAAAGGUGGUUGGCUUUUCAAAGAUCCUGUUGAUCCAGAUCUAUAUAAGAUUCCUGACUACUUUGAUGUUAUCCGCAACCCAAUGGAUUUGGGUACUGUUAAGAAUAAACUCACAAAAAAGAAGUAUGUAAGCAUUGAGGAGUUCGCAGCAGAUGUGAGGCUAACAUUUUCAAAUGCUAUGAAGUAUAAUCCUCCAGGCAAUGAUGUACAUGCUUUCGCUAGAGAAUUGAAUGAAAUAUUUGACUCAGAAUGGGAAUCAGUAGAAAGGAAAUUUAGAGGCCGAAACCUUGUUCAAGAGCAGAAGACAAAGGCCAUAAAAGUUCGAGCUAUCGUGGAUUCGAAGUCUACAGUUGCUAGAGGGCAGGUUGCCUGCUCAAAUCCUAAAUCUUUGGCUGCAAGAGGGCCAGUACCUUGCUCAAAUUCGUUUGCAAAGAAGACACUGACAGAUGCAUUAUCCUCCAAAGUAAAAAUCAAAUUUUCCGUGCGCAGCUCUGCACAUACCUCUUCCAAAGAUAUACCUGUUCAAACAGCUGGUGUCAAAGAGGGGUCAUUAAACCACUCUUUUCCUACCGGCAACAAAGAGGCAUAUUUAAAUUGCACUUUUCCUUUUGCUAAGGAGAAUGCUAAAAUUUCAAGUACACGAGAAACUGAGCGCAGCUCUGGUUCAACUGGAAAUGAUUCAUGGUCUUGCAAUGACAUUUCUACUUCGCCUAUCGCCUCCUCUGUACAAGGUGAGGAAAGUUACCUUUGUGAUGAACCUUUAUCACCAAGCAGGGCUCUUCGUGCAGCAAUGCUCAGGAGUCGUUUUGCUGGGACUAUAGUGAAGGCUCAACAGAAGGCACUUCUGGAUCAUGGGAAGAAUAUAGACCCUGUGAAAUUGCAAUUGGAAAAGGAGAGGCUGGAAAAGAGGCAGCAAGAAGAGAAAGCAAGGAUUGAGGCUCAGGUGAAGGCUGCUGAAGCAGCUGCACAACAAAAGUUUGAGGAAGAAAUGAGGGUGAAGCGAGAGCAGGAAAGGGAAGCAGCACGGCUGGCAGUACGCAUGAUGAAGAAGACUGUUGAUAUUGACAACAGUGACUUCCUAAAGGAGCUGGAGAACUUCAGCAAAACGUGGCAGUCGAAUCCACCUGGCAAAUUAAUCGUGGAUUUUAUUGAUGGGGACUUGCCACCGGGGUUAGGGAGCCCUCUGGAGAGGCUUGGCCUGUUCAUGAAGAACGAUCUCGAGGAUGAGGUGGAACAGGAAGUCGAGGACAGCGCAUCACCCUCGAUGGACGUUGACAUGAGGAAAGAUUUAGCAGGGCAUGAAAUGCAAGACAGCAUAUCACCCGUGAAGGUCAUUGGCACGAAGGAUGACUUCCAGGGAGCGGACAUUAACACGAGGAAAGAUUUCCAGGAAGACGCAGCAGGGCAUGAAAUGCAAGACUGCAUAUCAGCCGUGAAGGUUAUUGGCACGAAGGAUGACUUCCAGGGAGCUGUAGGGCAUGAAAUGGCGAACAGCCUAUCACCAUCCACUUUCGUUGACACAAAGAAAUAUUCCGAAGGGACAGAACAUGAGAUGGUGGAUAGCAUAUCGCCUUUGAUGGAUCCUAACACCGAGGAAGGGGAGAUCAGCUGCUGACGUUAGCUACACUUGUCAUCCACAUCAUUUGUUGAGUUCGUGAGGCAGACAUCCUUGCUGGGUUGUUGGAUUAGGCGACAUCAUAAGCAGAGUGACGAAGAAACGCUAUUCCCCUCUGGUUGUGUCGUAGAACAAUGUGGAGAACAUGUGUCAGCCGAACUGAGUAGUGGUUUUGGCUUUGUUGCGGUUUUUUUUCCUGUCGUGGUCUUGUCAGUCGGGCACUCCGCUGUAUGCUGGGUUACCUGAGCUCGUCAGCUGGAUGACCUGUAUAAAAACAUGAUGAAAUUAGGGAGGGGUUAAUUUAGUGCUAGUAUAUAUUGUAGGUGUAGGACUGUAGGAGCUUAUGGUGGAGCCGGCUGCAGCACACAAGCUAUAGCAUUGUUCUCAGAUUUGGUCAGCGCGCCGUAGUACCUUGUUACUGUAUUCAUUCUAAAACUUGAAUAAAAUGAUGCCAGUCGCACAAGUUACUGUA